AUGGAGCUGAAGAGAGGAAAGACCUUCAUCAAAUCUAGCCUGCAGAUUGACCAUGAGAAACCUCCAGACCCAGCAGCGACUGCCCUGACCACAGAGGAUGCAAUCUCACUGGGAGGGCAGCAGCUGCCCCACAGUGAGAGGGGGCCCCAGGUUAGUCCCAGCACCCAAGGAUACGACAGAUGCCUUGAUCGGGAAGCCCAGCCAGACACCAAUGGAGGGCCUGCAGCUCUCUGUGGGGCCACCUUCAAACUGGUUCGGAAGAGCAAGAAUCACGACAGUGUGCCGAGGGCUGACAGGGCAGCCACAGCUACAGGGCAGCUGGUGGGGAGCGCAAGUUUCCCAGGGACCCCCAGCAGCCAGCGCAUGAUUGACUACCGCCACUUUGUGCCCCAGAUGCCCUUCGUACCAGCUGUGGCCAAGAGCAUCCCAAGGAAGAGGAUUUCCCUGAAACGACCCAAGAAGUGCUUUCGUAACCUAUUCCACAUCCGCAGAAACAAGACUGAGAAUUUGCCCUCACAGGCAACCAAAGGACAGGGCUUGUCUUCUCCCAAGGGCCCAUCAGAGACUGGAGGGCAGCAAGGCAUAGCCUUCCUCCCCUUGGGCGAGGAACUGGGACUGGAUGGCCAGUGCCAGGACCUGUCUGACAGUGAGUUCCUGCCCGAUUCUUCCUUUGACCUCUGCAGGGCCCUGUGUGAGGACGUGGCCUCACUGAAGAGCUUUGACUCACUCACAGGCUGUGGGGAGAUCUUUGCAGAUGAGAGCUCAGUGCCAUCCCUGGAGCUGAACGAGGGCCUGGUGAGCCCUGCCCAGAGAUCACAGGCUUCUGACAGCAAGGCUUCCAGGGGCCCCUUCCAAGGCAGCAUAGAGCAGCUGGCAUCACCUGCCCAGAAUGAGAUGUCUGACUUUGCCAAGUUCUGGGACCAUGUGAAUCACUCAGUGAGGCAGCAGCAGCAUGCCCUGCUAGGCCCGUGGCUGGGAGGCCCCCAGGCAUCAGACACAGACCAGCCCAGGCCAGAUGCAGCUAGGCUGGCUGAGCUCCCCCUGUGCCCAUGCAGGGAUCCCCACAGCAGCUCCAAAGCCAGCUCCACAGACACAGGGACCCCCAAGAGUGAGCGGCCGGAGUCUGUGUCCACGAGCGAUGAGGGCUACUAUGACGCCUUCUCACCAGGCCUCGAGGAGGACAAGAAGGAGGCCCCGAGCCCAGGCACAGCCACAGCCACCUUCCCCCGGGACAGCUACAGUGGAGACGCCCUCUAUGAGCUCUUCUAUGACCCUGCUGAGGGCCCUGGGAGUCCGAGCCUGGAUGACGACUUGUGUGGGUCCGAGAGUCUAUCGGGGCCUGCAGCGGGAGCCCCGUUGUCCAUGUGCAGCUUCCAUGUCGGUGCAGAGGAGAACCUGGCUCCUGUUCCAGGCCCAGACCUACUCAGCCAGGGCUUCUUGCAGAGCUCUUGGAGGGGCAAAGAGUGCCUGCUGAAGCUCUGUGACACCGAGCUUGCCAUCACCAUGGGCAUUAUCAACUGGCUCCGCCGGGGCCCGGAGCUCCGUGCCUUGCCUGCCUCCACUCUCAGAGAGCCGGCAACUCCCUCAGGAAGACUGGUGGAGAAACCAGGAGCUGGCUCUGAGAAGAUGGGCCUAGGUCCAGUGAAACUGGAUGGCAGGGGGACCCAGGCUUUAGAUGCAGGUAGAAUCUCUAUGAGCUCUGUACCCAGCAGGAAAGAGCUGUGGGCAAGUUCAGGUCCCAAGGGCCUGCUUGCUGGAGUGAGCAAGGUCCUAGCUGGGGCCAAGCAGGAGACCAAGUCUUCAUCCUGUGACCCCUGUCUGGAGUGUGUGCCGGUCUCUGGGGAACGGGGGACACAAGGCCACCCUGAAGGCUCGUUCUCCCCUGUAGGGUCUGCAGCCGCCAUGGUAACCAACACAUCCAGGAAGAACAAGGUCCCACACCCAUCUGUUUGGCCUGGCUCCCAGGAGCCCAGGCUGCCUAGGAACCUCGGGUGUUUCCAAGGUCCCUGGAGGCCAGGUCCUGGGGGAAGCACCAUGGAUUCAAAACUCACCCUGACAGGCUGUGUGGCCCAGGUGGAAGCCCUACAGAUCAACCCAGACUGCCAGUCCCCUGCUGCUCAGCCCCCAAGACAAAACACAGGUAAUGGGCUCUGCAGGAAGCCUCAGGCCAGGGACCCUGACAUUCUGCAACAGGAACAGCCUAAUGGCUUCCCUAACCUGGCUGCCAUCUGUGGCCUGCCCUCCCUGGCCAACCCACUCCACAUCCCACAGGACCAGAGAUGCCCAGGCAGCAUUCUGGACCUGAGUCAGCUCAGGGAGGAGCCUGACAUGCUGAAUGUCCCGGCCCGUGUCUCUGUGGAGGACCGGCCCCUGCAGCCCAACUCAAGGGCUAUGGAGCAGGCUGUGCAGAGGGGCCAGCUGGACUUGUAG